CGAAAAGCACUGUGGUGGCCAUUAGGGAUGAAAAUGGAGCCUGAAAGUGUGUCUAUUCCGCAACUCGCGGAGGCACAUAUUUACAAAAAUUACAAAUGCUGUGACAGCAAUCAGGUCUCGGCUUCUGUAUCAGAUGCUGAGAAAGUAAAAAACACUCAUAACACCAAUAUUUCCCAGAGUGAAGUUUCGGCAGCAGAGAGCUCCAGUGAGUUGCUGAAAGAGCUCCUUACUGAUGGCUACUGCCACGUGUGCGGUGCCGUGCUGCAGUUCGAGUCCCAGCGGGUCUCCCAUUACGAGGGUAAGAAGCAUGCCCAAAAGGUGCGACUGUACCUGCAGAGCAAGCGUGACGAGGAGAGGUCCAGCAGUGGAUGGGCCGUUUUCCAGCAAAAAGAUGGCUCCGUGGAUAAGGAGAGGUUCUGUGAGCUUUGCAAUAUGGUGUUCAGUGCUCCUGUGGUGGCGAAGUCUCACUAUGAGGGCAAAAUCCACGCCAAGAACCUGCGCAGGCAUGGUCUCUUCAGCCCUGCCUCUGACCAACAGGAGACAGAAGACACUGUCCUCCAGGGGAGCACGGUGUCCCCUGCAGGGAGGAUCGGCCCCCUGGAGGAGAAGACGGAGCAGGGGUUAGAGCUGAGCGACCCUGACAGACACUGCCAUCUCUGCUCAGCCUCCUUCAACAACCCGCAGGUUGCGAAGCAGCACUAUGCUGGCCGGAGGCACCAGAGGAACCAGGCCAGGCAGCUCCUCCUGGAGCAAAUGGGCAAGGAUGGGGAGCCCAGCGACCAGAAGACCAGCAGUUUCAUUUGCCCAAUAUGCUGCAUCACACUGAACUCGGUGGAAAUGUACCAGGCUCACAUGCAGGGGAACAAACACCAGCUGAAAGAGAAGCAUGUCGCUGAUCUCAUGAGCAAAUCACAGAAGAAAGUUUACAGCUCCUUCCAGGACGAACUGGCCGACUAUAUCCAAGUGCAGAAGGCACGUGGGCUCGAGCCCAGGACCACACAGUUGGCAAAUGCUCCGGAAAAGGAAGAACUACAGGACCGAGGAGCGCCGUUCGAUGGCACUGCUGACAUGACAGCCUGUGAAGUCAAUGUCCUUCCCCCUGCUCACUUUCCACUGCCAUCGAAGUACCCUUCCUUUCCACCACCUCCACCCAUUUUUGGCUCUGGGUCGAGAGACCCAGAGAGCCCAUGUUGGAACCAAUUCUAUGUGCUUCCAGGCCCUGGGGGCUGGCAGUGCCACAGAGGUAGCAAUAAUGGGCAGAAGACCGGUCAUGAGAGCAGCCUCGAGCGAGAGAGCUCCAGCUCCACCUAUACAUCCUCGAGCUCCUCUAGCCCGAAGGACAGGAGGAGACUGUGCAAGAGGAGGGGAAGAAGAAGGAGAGGCAGAGAGCAGGAGGGCUCAGAAGAGGAGAGUGAGGAAGAGGACCUGAGGCGGAAGAAGAAGAGGCACCGGAAGAGAAGUAGGAGACACGAGGAGGGGAGGCAGGAGGAACAACAUAGAGCGAAGAGGAGCAGGAAGGAAGAGAAGACCACAAAGGAGGAGAAAGAUGGAGAGAAUGAGCAAGUGAAGGCAGGUAGGAAUGAGAUUGAAAAGCACCCAAGAGCGCAGCAGGAACAUGUGAAAGAAGGAAAGACCAAGCACAAGAAAGACAAGAAGAGAGCAAAAGAAAGGGUGGAUGAAAUAGACAUGCGGACAGAGGAGGAGAAGCUGUGGGAUGAGUCCAUCCUGGGACUUCUCUGAUCGUCGGCUUGUAUUUCGUAAGAUCUUGGUUAGUUGCAGCCUUGCAGCAGGCAUGCGCCACUCUGGGUAUAGCGCAGUCUCUGCCUGCAGCCUCCUGUCUAUGUGAAGUUAGGGAGCUCUUUACCUGACUGCCUGUGAAGCUGCUUUAGGGAGCCCUUGCUGAAUGCAGAAUGAUUAUGCAUUUCCACUGCGUAUGUCAGUGCAGUUUUUUGCCAUUUAGGAAGUGUUUUUGGACAAAUCAAAAGGCAUUACAUGUUUAACAAAGAUUGUCUUAAUAUAUUAGUACAGCAAUACUUGAAUUUACUCUUCAAUAACCUUUUCAUUUCAGUAAAAAGACCAAGCUUUAAUGAAAUCGCAUGCCCUGGCUGGGAAAACGGAAUCUGUGCAGAGCUGCUAAACGACUUGCGUCUUACUAGAGUCAUCACUUUUGUUGAUAUAGCAUUUUGCAUUUUGUCUUCAUGCCUUUUUUGCCUAUUAUGUAUUUUCCUAUUAGCUCCUUCAUUAUCUGUAACUAAGUAUGAGGAAAAAGAUGCCGUGUCGAGGGUGUUUUUUUUUUUUUAAUGAGUGCUUUCGAUGUACUAAAAAUCAUCUUAAAUACUCUGUUGAAACUGAAUAAACUGUAUUUAUCUA